CGGCCUAUCACCACACCGCAGAAUCCUGACAGAAGACGGUAUUACCGCUUCACGGAGGAGGAAGAGGUGACUUCCCACAUGGAUGAUCCUGAGACGAUGAGGGAACUGCAGGAGGCGCUGAUAGUCUGGUUUGCCUCAGUCCAAGGCGAUCCAUCGGAGAUCCAGUUCGAGAGCCACCCUCGCGUCAACCCCGACAUCAGACCAAACGAGUUCUUCAGGAGGGAGGAGGGGAUGGAUUACUUCAGACCCAUGGUGUUCUACAGGGACGUGCAAGGUAGUACACAAGAAGAGAGAGAGGGAUGCUGAUGCUCUGGGUGUCUGUCACUCUGUCCAUGUGCGUCUUUCUUCUCAUUCAGCGGCCACACCUACCAGCGCACCGCAGAGUCCUGACACAGGUACGUACCUGACUGACUGGCCACACACAUGCCGUGCACUGCGUGUAAGGAGGCGUCAACGAGUGAAGACGUGUCUGCUCUCUGGUUGCUGGCUCUCUGCAGCCGUGGUGGUGACCACUGGCAGAGAGGCUCGAGAGCCUCGAAGGCGAGCGCAGGCACGUGCGCAGGCGGCCGUUGCUGGGAUUCAGGAGCAGGAUGGGGAGCAGGCAAACAAGCAAGGUGACAAGCAAGAUGACAAGGAAGAGGACGAGAGUCGGUGUCUUAUUAUGUGAGCCAGCUAGCUAGGCUGGCGGCUGUUACUGUGUGGCAGUGAAGAGGCCACCCUCUUGUCUCUGCCUUGGCUCGCCGGAGCUGCAUCAGCCGGCCUUCUCACAAGUACGGCUGCAGCACCGGCUGUUCGGGGCCCUUGCCAAGAAGGACCUCAGUGUGCUGCUCGAGUCGUUCCCGGCCGGCGACCGCAAGCGUCGGCGCUUCUCUACCUGCCAGGGACUCCUCUCGUUUGGCUGGCUCUCUGCCAUUAUUAGCUAUAUUCGAGGGGCGACAAUCGGAAGUGCCUCAAUGACUACGCCUGCCUUAUGGCCACUGCCGCACGGCCACUGCCGUCACUCUCGGCCUCCCCUUCCCCGUCGCCAACAUGUCGUCCACUUGCACCUGUGUGUGGUCUGGGGCAGGCCUGUGACAUUCGUAUGCGUUGCGCCGCAUGCGGAAGCGCGUCUGGUCUGUGGCUUGUGUGUGGGAUGGAUAUGGGUGCCUGCCACGCGUGAAUAGGUUGUGUGGGGAGUGGUGUGGCAUGCCUUCCUAGUAGGUUGUGUGGUGCGGGUGAGUGUCGUGUGGUAAGGGAUUUCUUUGCAAUGAUAUGGUGCGAUUUUGAAUUUUGUUGUAUUCUAGUUUUCCGCCCCUGACGGAUGGCUCUGAUACAAUGUGGAUUCGAGACAAGCGUGAUUCAGUCAUGUGAGCUGGAUUCGUUCAUCCGACACCGAUUCAAGUAUGCCAGUC